AACAAUCUGACAUUUUCUCGUUGCCACCCAAAGUGUACAGUUUUUUUAUAUCUUCGGUUUUUAGUUAGUUUCUCAGAAUUAUUUGCGAUAUAUUAAAUACAUCCUUUAAAUAAAGGAAGUUUUAGGCACAGCCAAAAAUAAAAUAUAAGUAAAACUUAGGGGUUCCGAAAAUUAUCAAUAAUACAAGCUGUGCGGUCGUACAAAGCGUAAAAUGUGUAUUUGAAAAAAAAAAACAUUUUUAACUAUUAGAUAAAAAUCAAGAGAAAACAAAAAAGUGUAGGCAACAAUUUUGGCAGUAAACCAAAAGAAAAUUACAAAACGUGACCAUAUUCUUUUUAAAUGAUUUUAAUGUGAUUAAAUUAGACCUGUGAAUGCGAUCCUGAUCCUAAUAUCAAUUGUACUAACUAUUUUUUGUUUCUCAACCUAAAAAUCAGAGGGCUGAGUUGGUUUUACCCAUCUUGGCAAUUAAUGAAUGUUCAAAGUGCGUAUGUAUAUGCAACUUUCCGGCUAUUAUACCAAUAAAUGUCGUCAUAAAAUACACGCAACGCGAAAGAAAAUAUCGUAAUCAGUGCAACGAAAAAAACUGGAAAAACUUUUCUUUGUGAAGAAAAUUGUGUUAAAAUUAUAUAUCUAUGUAUGUAUGUACACGUGUGGUUACGUUGUUCCUAUAGUCUUUCGUUGACUAAUUCGGAUAUUGUUUACAUAUUAAAAACUCCUGCAACUAUCCCAACAACGAAGCUCAUAUUGUAAGAAGUCCUUUAUUUCAUAUUUUUAGUUAUAAAGAUAACCAGAUAUAAAGAUCUAUCGUUUAUACAACUCCAAAUUUAAAGUGAUUCUAUAAAGUAAAUAUCACAUUGGAUUGAAAUGCGUUCAGCUAUACAACCAGGUAUUCGUGUUGUACGUGGACCAAAUUGGAUAUGGCAAAAUCAAGACGACGGAGAAGGUCACGUUGGUACUGUCUGUGAGAUUGGACGCUCUGGAUCGACACACUCACCCGAAAAUACAGUUGUAGUCAAUUGGGAUUCUGGACACAGAACGAAUUAUCGAGUUGGUUAUCAAAAUCAAUACGAUUUAAUUAUUGUUGAUAACGCGCAAGUUGGCGUACGUCAUUCGAAUGUAGUUUGUGAUGGCUGCUCUAAGCCCGGCAUAGCUGGUAUUGUUUUUAAAUGUGCACAAUGCUCUAAUUAUCAUCUCUGUGCUUAUUGUUACGGUGCUGAUUUACACGAUACCGAGCAUAUAUUUAUCCGUUAUACAACGCCGACGUCACUAGGUGUUCGUGUGCCUCCACGAAAGAAUUCAAAGCGAAUUCAGCUUAAAGGUAUAUUCAUCGGGGCAAAAGUUGUUCGUGGACCAGAUUGGGAGUGGGGUCAGCAAGACGGCGGUGAAGGUAAAACUGGGCGUGUUAUGGAAAUUCGCGGAUGGGACAAUGAAUCUUGUAGAAGUGUAGCAAAUGUUUCUUGGGUUACUGGUUCCACGAAUGUCUAUCGCUUAGGUCAUAAGGGUAACGUCGAUUUAAAGUGUACUUUUCCAUCAAUCGGAGGAUAUUAUUACAAAGAUCAUAUGCCUGUCUUAGGUCAAACGGAAGAACAGCAACCUGUGGUGCCUACUGUGAAACCAAUGUUUUCAGUAGGCGAUCGCGUAAAAGUUUGCCUUGAUGUUGAUGCGCUAAUGAAAUUACAACAAGGCCACGGCGGUUGGAAUCCUCGAAUGGUAGAACAAUUACCCAAAUGGGGCACCGUUCAUCGCAUAACAGAUAAGGGCGACAUACGCGUCCAAUACGAUAAUUGUCCCAAUCGAUGGACCUUCCACCCGGCGGCGCUUGUAAAGGUUAUAUCAUUUCGCGUUGGCGAUUUAGUGACUAUAAUAAACGAUGCGAACAAGGUACAACAAUUGCAGAAAGGACAUGGUGAAUGGAUCGAUCUUAUGCGUUAUGCUUUGGGAAAGCAUUGUAAAGUGAUAAAGGUAUAUUCGGACGGCGACCUGCGCAUACAGCAACUCGAUGACGGAUUCGAAUGGACAUUAAACCCCAAAUGCGUCCGAUUAGAACGUUCGCCAUUAGCCACAGCAGCAGAACGUUCAAACAGCAUGAUGGACUUAAGUCAUAGGCGUACAGAUCACGUUAUGACACCAUUAUCGGGUCUAUCUGGUACAUCUGUGGCCGAUAAGCUGGUACGUGAAGCGGCACAGGGUCACUUAGACUUCGUAAAACAAUAUUUAGAUGCCCACUCCGAGCAAGUAAAUGUGAUGAGUGGUGGCAAGGCAUGCAUACAAGUAGCUGCCCAUCAGGGUUAUGUUGACCUAGUAAAAUAUCUUAUAACCAAAGGCGCCAAUGUUAACGUUGUUGAUAAGGAGGGCGAUUCAGCGCUUCACUAUGCUGCUUUUGGUAAUCAACCCGAAACAAUGCGUGUUUUACUGCAAAAUGGUGCGGAUAUAAAUUUUCUUAAUUCAAGUCACUGUUCGGCAUUACACAUAUGUGCACACAAAAAAACGCCGCAUUGUGUACGUGAACUACUACAAUUCGGAGCAGAUGUAAAUAUUCAAGAUUCCUACGGUGACACGGCCCUGCAUGACGCAAUCGGCAAGGAAAACACCGAAGUUGUCGAACUACUAUGUAAUGCACCGAAUCUAGAUUUUCUUAUAAAAAAUAAUCGAGGAUUUAAUGUUUUACACCAUGCUUCUCUUAAGGGCAAUGUUGUAGCGGCUAAACGUAUACUGCAACUGGCUCGGCAAUUAGUCAAUGUCAAAAAAGAUGAUGGUUUUGCAGCUCUGCAUUUGGCUGCUUUAAACGGACACGCGCGCGUUGUUGAAACAUUAAUAGUUGAGGGCUUAGCAGAGAUUGAUAUAAGAAAUAACCGCCGGCAGACACCAUUUCUAUUAGCUGUUUCACAGGGGCAUGCAUCUGUCAUUGAACGUCUCGUUACACUUGGCUGUGAUAUUAUGGCCAGGGAUGAAGAUGGCGAUAACGCAAUGCAUUUGUGUGUUAUUAAGAAAACAAAUUUACAGCAAGCGGCAGAACCAUCUGGUGAGGAUUCUCCGAAAAUACGAUCUAUAUUCGAUAACCUUGCGCAUAUUCUCGACGAUCGUCUUAUGUAUACAAUUCUUUGUUAUUUAUCAUCGUGUGGUUGUCGCGUUGAACAAAAUAAUAAAGGCACAAAUAUAUUUGGUUGGAUCACAAAUAAAGAUAUGAAAGAGUUAAUUUUAAAAUAUCAACCAACACCCUCACCAUCAAGUACUAACGAAGCUAGUAACUCCAAUCCGGCAGUUGAAGUUGAAAAUAAUAUCCAAAAUCUGAAUUUGAACACAGAUAACGAAGGUGAAACAGCUGGGGCAGCUGCAGUAUCAAAUAGCGGUGAUACUGAUAUCGUUACUGAUGACAUUUCGCAGCCAAAUAAUUUUACACAGAUGUCAACUUCCCAUUGCAGUACUCCCACUCAUCAUGUUGACAGCUCAACAGUGGAGCCGGGUGUAAAGAAAUUAAAUUCUGACCGACAAACGCCGGCGGUGAAUGCAUCGGUUGCUGGUAAUGGUGGCAAUGUGCUGGACACACAAUAUAUGCAUAUGACAGCGAUCCCAUCGACUUCAGGUGUUACUCAAUCAACUAGCAAUCGCAAAAUGACGCGAAAGCCCGAAGGAGUGCCAGCGCCUAAGGCGAGUCCCAAAGCGACACCGCCACCGCCUCCACCUACUCAUGCUACUUUUCACAUUGGUCCACAGGAGUGUAUUGUUUGCGACGAGAAGCUGCAAUUAAUCAAAUUCGAACCAUGCCAACAUCAAAUUUCUUGUGAGGAAUGUGGCCUGAGAAUGAAGAAGUGUCUGCGCUGUGGUGUGCAAAUAGAACGGCGCAUAGCUGCCGGUGGUCGUGUUAUAGUAAGUUCUGAUCAAACACGUGUGCCCUCAGCUGAUCGUUUGAGAUAUCUGGAAAAUAAGAUACAAGAAUAUGAGGAGACGCACUAUUGCAGUAUUUGCAUGGAAAGGACACGUGAUGUUGCCUUUUUAUGCGGUCAUGGUGCAUGCUCCCGAUGCGCGGAAACGUUGCGCACUUGUCACAUGUGCCGGAAGACCAUACUUAGAAAAAUCAAUUUAUAUUAAUGAGUGCUGAAUAAAACAGGCAAAAGUCAUUCUUAAACAAACAACAAGUUGCAGAAGCUGGCAUUCUCUAGACACUUGUAAUUUGUAAAUAUUGAGAAAGAAUAAUACCUCCAGUGAAUAUGCCAAUAGCUUCGAUAAUUAUGUUAAACGGAUUAUUGGAAAUAAUAAUAUCUAAAGUAUCGAUGAUAUCCGUCAGAAUAUAUUUAUGAUUGUGUUUAUGACUAUCGCGAUAACUUUGAUGAUAUUUAUUGUUAUUUAUAUCGAAAGUAAAGAAUACAUAGUUAUAUGUACAGGCAUGCAUACACUUUAGAUAUGUGUUCUUAUUGUAAUUUGCAUAAUAUCAUAAUUUCAGACAUAUUCAUUAUUCUUUUACAAAUUCAACAACACACACAAACAUUUACAUAACUUACACAAAACUUAAUAAAGUAAAUUAUGAUCGUUUGCAUGGCUCUGUAGGACCCAAUGUUUGUAAAAAAUUACUAUUUAUAAAAAAUGUAACAAAUUGAUAAAACAUUAAUUCAGCUCAUAUGUAGUACGUCAAUGUCCACGAAUACCAAAAUUAAAUGUAUCAUAUUAUAAAUAAAGAAGAAAUUCAGAAAUAAA